AUGCCUCCUAAGAACAAAGUUAAGAUGGACCUGGGCUCGUUCCUGGCGGACGAGAGCUUUGGCGGCUCGUGGGCGGACGAGGAGUUCGACAUGAACACGCUGGAGGUGCCCGUCAGCGGCAAGCCGUCGGGAAGCAGGGGCGGAGGAAGCGACAGGGACUACGAGAGAGCCGAGUAUCCGAUCCCGGACCGCGCGCCAUACACCGCCAGAGUGAGCAACCUGCCGAGAGACGCGCAGGAGGACGAGAUCCAGGCGUUUUUCGCCGACAACUUGCGCAUUGAGGACCCGUUUGACGAGAUUGUCGAUUUCUACGCUCCAAAGGACCAGCACACGGGGGCGCUCAGAGGAUUUGCGUUCAUUACGUUCAAGAACAGGAGGACUUUGGAAGAGGCAUUAAAGCUAUCGGGACAGAACCUGGGCGGCCGUGUUGCGUACGUCAGCGUGGCUGCUCCCACAAAGGAGCCGUUUGGGGGCCGUGGAGGCCGCCAGUUGCGUGGAGACGUCGACUGGGGCACGAUGCGGGACGGCCCACGCAGCGAGCAGCGCGAGCAGCGCGGCGGAGACUUCAGAGGCGACAGGAUGCGCGAGCGGGCGCCGGAGCCGGACUGGGGGGCCGUCAGAAACACGCCUGUGGUGCGUGAGGGCAGAAGAGAACGGCUGCCGUCUCGCAGAGAGCCGGCACCGGAGCCGGACUGGACCGCCGUUAGAGAGGGCGCUGCUGUUCCCGAGCCUCGGCGCGAGCGGCUGGGACCUCGCAGAGAGCCACGGGCCCGUGGGCCGGAGCCAGAUUGGGGCGCCAUCAGGAGCGGCGAGCCCGUGCGCGUGGAGCGUGCGGAGCGGGCGCCUAGAAGAGAGCGUGGGCCGGAGCCGGACUGGGGUGUUGCCAGAGACAGCGUGGCGGAGGGCAUUCGCAAGAGGAGCGAGGGCGUUCUGCGCAGCAAGCCAAAGAAGCCGGAGCCGGACGUGGACUGGGAGAACCUGCGUGGGUCUGCGCUGAACAAGGAGCGCAAGCCGCGCGAGUCGAAGGAGCCAGACACCAAGCAGAAGGCCAAGACAGACGGUCCGAAACAGUCGUCGUUCAACGUGCUGCCAGUGGAAGAUGACGAGGACGAGCUGGUGGCCGGAGCUGAAAAAUUGUCGGUGAAUGAGUGA